GGAGGAGGAACGGAAAAAAAGGACGAAGAAGUUCAAGUUAAGGACUGACGGAGCGGUGCGUACGUGGUUGAACUGCACAAUUUUCGCGUUUUAUUUUCGGGGCUGUGUUUUGGCUGCUGACGUGAUGGAAAACGAAUUUUCCCGGUGACACGAGCGAAUCGUCAUCAAUUCUACCUCUUCGCUUCUCCGUUUCGGCGAGACACGUGGAUUACCCCUCGCCAGACGGAUUACUCACCUGCCCAAGGAUUACCAGUGUGUUCAACUGUGUGAGUUUAUUUUCCACCUCAAAGUGUUAUUUUCUCGACGUGAGUCAAAGAUUGGCCGGGAAUUUUGAGGAAAAUACCUUUGCGUGUGCAAGUUUUACGAGUUUGUACGGGAGAAAAAAAAAGUGUUCUCAAACAAGGUGAAUCACCAUCGAAGUGAAACGAAACAAGUGUGAAUAUUGGGAGGGCGCAAACGAAACAACUUUUCAUCAGACACGAGGAUUACCAGAAAGGAUUACCGCGAGCUUCAUCGACGAUCCGGAGAAAGCACCAACUCAUGCAAUAGGAUUAAGUGGAUUACCGAGCUGGAUUAGGUGAAAAGUUUCACCCCGAAAAAAGAAAAGAAAGAAAAGCGUGAAAAAUGAUGCUGUGAUGAAUUCCGCAAACAUCGAUUAAAACCACUGUGCUUGUGUUAUUAAGUGAAAAACAAAAGAAGACGAAAUCAUCCCUGUGAAAUGAGCGCCCCCUCAGCAGAUGAUCCCAGCAGGCAGUAGCAAAAGUUCGUACAGUGUUGCCAGCGCCACGAAACGGUCCGCGUCCCCGGUCAAGGCCAACUGGGACACCGGCACGGUCAAGCGCAAGCCUACUGCGGUGACCACCAUCAACACGACGGACGAACAGAGGCACGAUGGCGAACUGUCAAAAGUUUCGGAAGCCACGGUUGGCAACACUGACCCAGCGAAGGAGGCCACGGCAAGCCAACCGGAUCUUCCUAAUCGAGGAAACUUGAAGCAGUCGAAAAUUGCCGUUUUUAGGCAGGAAGGAGCGGCGGCCGCUAGUAAAAAGUCACUCAAAAGUCCGCCCUCCUCCUCCGGAGGAGGUUCGAGCAAAACAUCCAAUUUACAAGCAAAAACAAGCGACAAUAAAGUGCCGACACAGCAAAAACUUAAAAACAACAUAAUCCCCCCGAAAAAGCUAGUCAAGCAAUCAACGUUGGCUGUGACGGCGUCGACGGAACGACCGGGGGUUGGGGCCGUUCGCGGCCAGAAAAAAGUCUCUUUCAUCCCGAGUUUGGGGGUGACGGCGGCGGCGCCUCCGGAAGGUUCCUCAAUCAAAUCCGUGAAGGCAAUUGUGCGUUCCCGGCAGCAGUCCCUCAGCGACACCGGCGUACAGUUCAAGGAGCUUUACCGGGACUUUCCGCAGGAACGGAGGGGGGACCCGUCCGAGCUGGAUCAACCCGUGUUGCCCCCGUACCGGGAACCGCCGCCUCCUCCUCCUCCAACGCAUACUAAGGUGGAAAUUAUCCAGGAUUUGGGAGCGAUGGAAUCUGUCAACAAGAAUGAAGAGCUUGCGGCACCUGUCAAAGAGAGUGGCCGCUCCGUCAGCAAGCUCAUGGGAUUCGGGGGGCUGGGUAAGCUGCUGUCAUCGUCGACAUCGUCGCUGACGUCCGGCGAGAAGAAAGAGAACAAUUACGUUACACUGCCACCGUCGCCAAAAUUCUCCAAAAUGUCUUCCAAGGGUGUGGCGGAUCUUCCGCCUCCACCGCCAACGCCACCACCUGCUCCAGCGCCGGACGUUCCGGACAAGCAGCAGUCCUCCCCGGAUGACAUUCUGACCAAGCCGGAGUUUUCAUCCUCAAGGCUGCAGAACCUUCCGGUUCGACAGCGCAAAGGAGCCGUCCCUCACCUCGAAAAUUACUGCCUCUUUGAUCCGUCGGUGGACUUCUUCAACGAGAAGGAGCACAAGAUGCGGUCGAUUCCGGAAACGGUCGAACUAGCCGACCCGAUUUUGUAUCAGAACCCGCUAAUCUACGACGCCGUCGAUCGAGACUCGGACAACUACUUCACCAUCGAACCGGACGUCGAAGUCCGGAAUCGACUAUCGCUCGAAAAAGUCGAAGAAAAGAUCGACGAGAUCUUCAACCAAACCUCGCGCACCUCAUCGUCUUCCAGCGGUUCCAGUCCGGACUACCCGUCGAUGGUAAACUCCGUAAUCGAAACGCCCUCCUCCAACCUGGAGUCCACCGACGAAAGCGACUACGGCUUCCGGAACCGCCUCAUCGACCAACUGAAAGCCGUGCCCAAAUCCAUCUCCGGCGACCUCGAACCCGGAGCUGCUGCCAUCACCGCCGGUGCAGAAUCCUCCUACUACGGCGUGGUAACCAAAUCAGCUGUCACCCAGUUCGAGCGCAGAAUCCACCUCCCAUCCACCUCCCUCCCCAACUCACCCCUGCAGCAGCGCAAAAGUGAUGAAUCAUCCUCCCCACCCUCCAAAACCGAUUCCAGCGAACCCUCAACCUCCCUCAGCCCACCGUCCCCCGCCCCUCAACCUUCCACCAGCAUCCCAUCGUCCCCUCGAGUGUCGAAAAUCAAAUCAGACCCACCGACGAGGGCCAAUUUCCUGUCGCUGGAAUCGCUCAAAUCCAGCGUCUCCCUGCCCCACCUGCAGCGGCUCAAGAACGGUUCCCUCGAUGGGACGCCACUGUUCAGCCGGUUGCGCAAGCAGCGCCCCCUCUCCAACCACAGUGACGCUGACAGUGGCUUCCUGAGUCCGGCUACGCCGCCCGACGGCCCAACCAUCCAGAACCAGAUUCUGGCCGCGGAACAGCUGCAACAGCAGCAGCAGGUUGCCAGCAGUGAUACGGUUGUGGUGCUCGAGCAGUGCGACAACAUUCAGGAGUUGAUACAGAUCUACACCGACUGGGCCAACUACUACCUGGAGCGGGCCAAGUCGAAGCGGAAGGUCUCCGAUCUGUCCGCGGACUGCCGGGAUGGCCUUCUGCUAGCCGAGGUGAUCGAAGCCGUGACCACCUUCAAAGUACCUGAUUUGGUCAAGAAGCCCAAAACGCCCCAGCACAUGUACGACAACGUCAAUUCCUGUCUCACGGUGCUGAGACAGCACCAGGUUGGCGGUCUCGAGUCGGUCACCCCGAACGACAUCUGCAGUGGUCGGCUGAAAGCCGUGCUCUCACUCUUCUUCGCGCUAAGUCGAUAUAAGCAGGCGACGAAGCAGAAGGUGGCAGCAGCGGCGGCACAAGCGGCAGUAGCAGGCUUUGCCGGCAACCACCAGCAGCAGACCAAGGUGGAAAUUCAUGCACCGCCCGCCGACAUGACGAACCGACAGCUGCCGGUUCCGUAUGCCAAGCCGGGGGUCAACGGGGGCACGGCCAUUCCGCUGCCGGCGACGGUUAUGGUCACCCGAAGGUGUCCGCCGGACAAAGUGCGGCCGCUGCCGCCGACCCCCAACCAGCAGAGUGGCCUUCACGCGGGAUUGCAAAAGCACACGCUAAUCGGAGGAGGCGGCGGCGGCGGCGGAAGUGGCGGCGGAAACAACGGCCCCGGAUGUUCCCCGCUCGAUGGCAACAGCUGCCCCGGGAGUCCGCAGCAUAAUGGGACGGCGAUAAUAACGCAGAUCCCGAAGGGAGCCACCAGCCUCCGCCAGCCGUUGGCUGGCACGUGCAAGAUCCCGGCCAGUCCGUACUCGACGCAGGUGACCACCCUCAACAUCAACAACAACAACAACAACCUGCACCACCACAACAGCUCGGUGGGCAUCCCAAACGGCAAUGUGACCAAUAUUCCGUCGGCGGCGGCGCCCCCCGGAGGACAGAAGCAGAGCAUGUUGGAAAAGUUGAAGCUGUUCAACAGCAAGGAGAAGGUGGACAAAACUUCGAAGUCGACGAUUUCCAAGAGGACUAGCUCGAGUUCCGGAUUUUCGUCGGCGCGGAGUGAGCGGAGCGAUUCGAGCUUGAGUUUGAACGACAAUCAGGUCAUUACGGUUGAUCGGAAGGUUUUGGUUAAUGGCGGUGGGAAGAAGGUGGUUGAGAGUAAGGUUUCUUCGUCGAGUAAGAGUUCAAAGUUGAUAUCGUCGAAGGGGAAGGGUGAGUCGAAGGUCGUUGGGGGGAAGGGGUUGGGAGGCGGGGCCAAGGGGAAAGAACCCGAAACGCACAUUCCGAAGCAAAAGAUUCCGACGACGGCCAUGACGACAUCGGCGACGUCGAAGAUUGAAUCGAAACUGAAACCUGGCUCCGUGGGUAGAACUGGAAAACUGGACGCGAAAUCCGAAAGUAAAACUAGUUUGGUUCAGCCACAACCUGUGAAACCGAUGGCGGUCGCUCCGCCGUCGUCAGUCAGCACUGGGAUCCCGAAACCGAUGGCCGCGGUCAAAGGAACGAGCAAACCGGUGCAGCAGCCGAUCCUGGUGGACGGGCCAUCGGCCAAGACCCACGAAGAAAUGGCCAAACUCGAUCGCGCCCUCGCCGGUCUCCAGAACGGACUCGGUUCGCCGACGCCCAACGGGAACAGCCUGCUCGGAAGUCCGCUGCACCACAAGGCACCUCCGGGACCUCCCAGCAGCAUGUCCGACAGCAUGCACUCCAACUCCACGCAGGGCGCCUCCAUGGGCCAACACUCCAACUCGAGCGAAUCCAGCAGUGUCGUGUACCGACCUUCCGGCUCCGAAAGUGGCUCCAACUCACCCCAAAAAUCGUCCUCCCCGCGUUCCAACACCACCGGUUCCUUCCUGUUCAACGACGUCAACCUCAACACUGCCAACAACAACAAGUUCAACACCGUUCCCAGCAAGAUCCUCAACACCAACCCAACCUCGGCACCACCCCUCCCCAACAGCACCAUCUACGAGAACCACGCCGUAGAUUCCACCGCCGACAAGUCCCUCACAACCGUCAUGCCGAUGCGGCCCCUCCUCCGCGGUUACAACAGCCACGUAACCCUGCCAACCCGCGGUGCCCGUGGCCACCACCACUUCAUCUCCGAGUACUGUGACGGCCCGAACGGCACCGGGUACUGCAGCGACGGAGACGCCCUCCGGAAGAUCCCGGCCCGCUACUCGGACAGCAUGGACAACGGCUACCUUUCGGAAGGGUCCGGCGGCCCGAGCAUGCACCUGGUCGGCAAGCAGUUCAUUGGCUCGUCGCUGCGCAACCAUCGGACGCCGCUGCCUACUACGAUCGAAGAGAGAUGUCGUAGCAGCCGCGGGGACAAUCUGGACAGCGUCGGAACCAUGGAGAAGGGCUCGAGGAGUAACGGUGGAUCUCAGCAGGCGCUGAACGGCUCGGGUCGCGAGUUCUGGGGACGGCUACCGGAACCGGGCGGACAGAACGGUGGGACGGCGAGCAAUCACGGUUCGCAGCCGCCGAGUCCGACGUCGAGCCGGAAGGACCGGAGUUCGCCGAGUCAUUCGCGGAAGAGUUCGAGCUCGUCGUCGUCGAAGAUUGCCGGAAGUCGGACGAAGGGCGUUCCGCAGAGCUUUGGGUACGUGAAGAAGACGAACGGGGUCGUGGUGGAGCAACCGCAGCAGGCGCAGAUCAUCAUCGCGACGGGGCGGACGGCCCAUGUUUCGGCGGUUCCGAGGACCAGCAAGCUGAAGGUUUCUGGAGGGACGCAGACUACGACGGCGGAUUUCCAAGCCAAAGCACAACAACAGCAGCAACAGCAGCAACAACAACAACAACACGCACAAUACCGGAGCUUCUCGCUGACGGGACCGGGAGCGGCCCAGCUGAGCCAGUCGGUCAAAGAAAGGUUUGGUUCCGGAACACAUAGUUUGCCUAAGCCCGGUCUAGAUAUGCAUGUCUUCCAACAUAGAAUGUCCACCCGCGGAUCGGCCAAGCUAAAUGACGGCAGCCUCAGCGAUACCCAGACGUACGCCGAGGUCAAGCCCGACUACGGCAGCUACGCCAUGUGGCUGCGGCACUCGAGCACGGCGUCCAGCCGCCUCUCCGAAGGCGACUCCCUCGAGGCCUAUGCCAACGCUGCGGCCGCCGCCGCCACCGGAAGUCCCGGGAUGAGACCCAGCAAGCUGCUGCAUCACACCCGCGGCGAAACCCAGCCCGGAACGACGCUGCACCACGGCGGCGCGGCCACGCACAGUCCGCGGCUGAACCGUAGCAAUAGCAUCAGCUAUUUGAAAGAAAGGACCUACCCCAGAUCAACCAAAUCGGAAAAGAUGUACCCGUCGAUGCUGAGUCGGGGGCCGGACGUGGAGAUUGAACCGUACUAUUGCCUGCCGGUGGGCACGGUCAGCUCGGCCGGCGCCGGGGGUCACCACCACCACCACAACGGAAUGGUGCCGUGGAGUCAACCCACGUCGCCGACUCCCCCGGCCCGCGGAUUCGCCGGCCUGCUGUCGCCCACGCACACUACCGGCAGCAGCUCGAUCAGUACGGCCUCCCACCGGCUGACGUAUCCAAAGAAGAACGACGAAGUUCAUGGCAGUCAGGCGUCCCUGCUGUCCGGCGGGUCGUCCCUGUACGGGUCGACGGAGGAGCGGCAAGCGACGGAAGUGCGGCGGCUCAAGCUGGAACUGGCGACUGCCCGGGACCAGGUGAUGAGCCUGUCCAGCCAGCUGUCAACUAAUGCCCACGUCGUGGCGGCCUUCGAGCAGAGUUUGUCCAACAUGACGGGACGGCUGCAGUCGCUGACGGCGACCACCGAGAAGAAGGACAGCGAAAUCCUGGACAUGCGGCAGACGAUCGAGCUGCUGCGCAAGCAGUCGAUCCAGGCCGGCCUCACUACCGCCCAUAUGCAGAGUAUGGGCGUGCAAGUGAACGGGCAGGUCAACGGGAACGGCAUUCCAACGGAACAGAUGACGGUGACGCAGGUGCCUGCGGGCGCGGAGAUGCAACGGCAUCAUAGCUCCGAGUCUAUGUGCUCGUUGAACUCGGUCAGCUCGGGCUGUUCGGCGCAGGACAAGAAGAAGAAGAAGGGAUGGCUUCGAAGCUCCUUCACGAAAGCGUUCUCCCGCAACGCGAAGAUCUCCAAAACAAAUCGUCACGUGACGAGUCAGUCGUCGAAUCUGGACGCGAGCGGAGCGGACCGGACCGGGAACGGUCACCGGCACCAUCAUCACCACCAUCACAAUGGAAGCAACAAUGGAGGCGCUGCAGUAAAUGGGGACAAGGUUCCGAAGGUGGCCGCUGCAGGGCAGCUGCCGCCACCGUCGCCUACCAAGAACGGCAGUCCGCACAAGACGGUCACGCUGGUCGAUAAUGCGAAACCAAUCGAUGCGAUCGACAAGAACGGUAUCCAGAUGGUGGAAGAGCUUAAGAAGCAACUCCGCGAGAAGGACCUGGCCCUGACGGAUACCCGUCUGGAGUGGCUCAGCUCAAAGUCGCAGGUCGAGCUCAUGCAGGACAUGAUGGAUAAGAUGCACCAGGAGAUGAUGGCGCUCAAGCAGAACAAUGAAAGACUGGAACGGAUGGCGAGGACGCGGUCCCUCGCUGGGUCGGAGGUUUCCCUGGGGCCGGUCAGCCCAAGUGGGUCCAUGGGCGAACCCCGGCGGUAUAGCCUGGCCACGGACAACGGAAUGUCCCGUCCUCCCCUAGACCUGCCCCAGAAUCUUGACGAGACGGAAGAGGACAACAUCCCGCCGGCACCGGCGCCGGAACCUCCACCAGCUCCCCUCAGUCCGGCAAUUAUCGCCAAACUGUCCCCGACGAUCGAGCGGGCCGCCCUCGUCAACGAGAUUCUAACGACUCCGGCGGAAGACGUGGCCGAUCCGGUGGACGGCAAGAAGAUCGCCAUCGCGGUCUACCUCGGCCAGGCCGAGUCCUUCGUCCGGUACGCCGAAGAAAUGAACGAAUGUGAUAACAGCUACUGCCAAUCCGGCGACGAGCCGUCGGAAAAGUCAGCGACCGAGAACGGCGACAAGAGUCGAAAGUCGUUCUCGGGCGCCUCCCCGCCCGGAGAUGGAAACUCUAGUCCGAACGAGUUCACCAUCGCGUACACGUACAUCUCCGGCAAAACGACCUGGCAGAACCUGGACUACAUCGUCCGGAAGACCUUCAAGGACUACCUGGGCAAGAUCGACCCCGGAACGAACCUCGGGCUCAACACGGACUCCAUCACCUCGUACCACCUCGGAGAGGCGAAACGAGGCCCCGAGAUGGGCUUCCCGGAACUCCUUCCCUGCGGCUACAUCAUCGGCAACGUCCGGUCCCUGUACAUCUGCCUGCAGGGCGUCGGCAGCCUCGCCUUCGAGAGUCUCAUACUGCGGAACAUUGUCCACCGGUACAUCUCGCUCCUGACCGAGCACCGCCGGUUAAUUCUGUGCGGUCCCAGCGGCACCGGCAAGUCCUACCUGGCCCGAAAGCUGGCCGAAUUCCUGGUCGCCCGUUCCGGCCGUGACAACCCGGCCGAGGCGAUCGCCACCUUCAACGUUGACCACAAGUCCUCCAAGGAGCUGCAGCAGUACCUCGGACACAUCGCCGAGCAGGCCUCGAUGUCGGAGGGAGCGGUGGAGGAGCUGCCGGCUGUGAUAAUCCUCGACAAUCUGCACCAUGCGUCCGCGCUGGGCGAUGUGUUUUCGUGCCUGCUGAGCGCGACGGCGGCCAAGCUGCCGUGCAUCAUUGGGACGAUGUCGCAGGCGACGUGCAACACGACGAACCUGCAGCUGCACCAUAACUUCCGAUGGGUCCUCACCGCGAACCACAUGGAACCGGUGAAGGGUUUCCUCGGCCGGUACCUGCGUCGAAAACUCUUCACACUGGAACUAUCCUCCGGCACGGUUCAACCUCAGCUCGAGAAGGUCCUGCGGUGGCUCCCGACGGUGUGGCAGCACAUCAACAGCUUCCUCGAGACGCACAACUCGAGCGACGUCACGAUCGGCCCGCGGCUGUUCCUGUCCUGCCCGAUGAACCUGCAGGACUCGCAGGUUUGGUUCACCGACGUCUGGAACUACCACUUGGCGCCUUACCUGAUGGAAGCGGUGCGGGAGGGGGUGCAGCUUUACGGGCGGAGGGGCGGAACCUGGGUCGAUCCGUGCUCGUUCGUGCGGGAGACGUACCCGUGGCCGGUGGGGCCGACGACGGUGCCCCAGCUGAGGCAGAUUACGGCGGACGAUGUGGGGUUGGAGGCGAGCGCGCCGGCCAACUCCGAGAACCAGGAUCCGCUGCUGAACAUGCUGAUGAGGCUGCAGGAAGCGGCCAAUUACAACGGGAACCAGGAACCGGACUCCGAUUGCGCCAGUUUGGACUCGAACAUGACGCAUGACAGUUCGGCGGGGGCGGAUUAGGGCGGAAGCGCGCAGUAGGCUACUUUGAUUGGGGUGUGCAAAUUGGGUGGAAUGAAAUUGUUUCGAAAUUUAAUCGAGCUCGAUGUAAAAUCCAAAUUAUUAAUUCAUCCAACAAUUUGGAGAACAGCAAAAAAACAAAAAACAAAAAUGCCCGAUUUAAAGCACCACAAACUCAUUAUCGCGUCCCGCGAAACUGACCAGGUGAGAACGCACGGCGCAAAGCGCCGUUCAAUUAUUAAUUCAUCAUUGCGUUACGCUGCAAAGGUGUCACAAUGUGCACACACGCAAAAAAAAAAAAAUGAAACCAACAAUGAAAUAAAAAUUAAUUUUGAUCCAAUAUCUGUCAAGAACGCGAACGCACAGUAAUUAAAAGGCAACAAGAGUUUGACCCCACUUGCCCCCACCCUCCUUCUCUACCCCCACAACAACCCCCUCUCAAUUGGUUGUUUAUUCGAAAAGAAGGGUUUGUUUGGUUUAAUCGAAAAUAUUGUUUUUAUUUCCCCGAUUCGAUACAUUUAAUUAAUUUGGUCAUUUCGGGGGCGGUCGGCCGGAAUUGAAUCGUUCGAUUGCGAAUUAAUGUGUGCGUUUUUUUUUCUUGUGCGUGAAAAUUUUAAUCAGUUCAAUUAGGCGUGUGUUGGGAAAUCAGUAUGCGGUGUGAGUUUUUUUUUUGCUGUUUCAAUUUGAACUCUCUUUAAUUGUGGUUAUUGAUAUCACGAGAGCGAUGAUAGCACACUUGUCGUUUGAUUAAUGUUGUUUUUGCCUGGGGUAAUUGAAUCGGACAAUUUGAUCAACUAAGUGAUUCGCUUGAUUUCUGAGUUGUGGGGAAAAAAUCGUUAAAUUUUAUCAGUGUAAUUUUGUUGUUUUACGAUGUGUUUUUGUGAUUAUUGUAUUCAUAAUAAACCUUUUAAAAAAUAUUGUUAAAUUAAUUGUUUUCUGAUUCUUUUCAAAUAAAAGAUUAAAAUGAAAACUAUAAUUUUCAAAAUAAGAAUACUUUGAUUUUAGAAUUUCGUUCUAUGGUCCGGAUUUUGGAAUCAAGAAACCGAUAAACGAGGUUCAAAAUUAAAGAAUUGUUUCGAUGUACAGUCACGCCCCGGUUUUAUGGGAUUUUGGGAGACACUGGCUAUAAUCCUAUAAAAAAUCAUCCAAACUUCAAAAAAAUAUAGUGUUUUGAAAUUGGAAAGAUGUCAUCUUUCCAUUGCAUUAAUAAAUGCAUUUUUGAACACAUGAAAAUUUUCACAAAAAAAUGUAUUUUCCUGUAUUUUGAAAAUGCAAUAAUUUUCGAAAAAAUUUUUUUCACAAAACUACUUUCCUAAAAAUACUUCAAAUUUCAGUUUUUUACAAUAUGACUAUCAAAUAAUCAAAAUUUUUUCAUAAAUUUAAAUCUUUUUUAAAAAAUAUUGAAAUUUUCAGUUUUUUAACAAUAUGGGUGUCAAAUGACCAGAUUUUUCAUAAAUUUUGAAGUCAUAACACAAAAUAAAAAAAUAUUCAUUUUAUAACAAAACUACGUAUUUUCGAAAAAUACUAAAAAUUUCAGUUUUUACAAUAUGAAUAUGAAAUGAUCGGCAUUUUAAUGCGUUUCGAAAGCAAUAGCACACAUGUUUGAAAACACUUAAAAUCUUCACAAAACUACGUAUUUUCGAAAAAAAUACUCCCAAUUUCGGUUUUUUACAAUAUGGGUAUUUUUUUAAAAUUUUGUAAUUGGGACCAUCCAUAAACCACGUGGACACUUUUUUGGGAAUCUGUUACCCCCCCCCCCCCCCCCUUCGUGGACAAUUGUCAAUACAAAAAAAAUCUUAUUUGUAUGGGUCGUGGACAAUCGCCAUACCCCCCCCCCCCCCCCCAAGUGUCCACGUGGUUUAUGGAUGGUCCCAAUAACUUUCGAAAUGUUUUAAAAACACGCUUAUUUGAAUCGCACAUUGUAAACACCUGAAAUUUUGAGUAUUUUUUAUUAAUGCGUAGUUUUGUGACAAGUUUGAGUAUUUUCCUUUUUUUUGUUAUUACUUUCGCAAUGUAUACAAAAUCCCGAGCAUUUUAUGCCCACAUUGUAACAAUACUGAAAUUUAAAGUAUUUUUUUUUUGAAAAUACGUAGUAUUGUGAAGAUUUUGAGUGUUUGAAAAAAUGUGUGUUAAAAUUUUGAAAAUGUAUGCAAAAUUCCUCAACAUUUGAUAUCCAUUUGCAAUAUGGAUACUGAAAUUUUGAGUAUUUUUUCGAAAAUACGUAGUUUUGUGAUUUUUUUUUCGCCGUUGUUUUUCUUUUUUUAACUCGACGAAUACCAAUUAUUGCUGUUUUAAAAUCAUUGAUGGUUUUUUUUUCUAUUUUCCUUUAAAAAUAUGACACAUUUGUAAAUUUUAUUAAAAAGAUUUUAAAGCCUUCAAAAAAUAAUGCUCUAGUGCUAUUGCUUCAUACUUAUUACAAACCAAAGAACCAAAGUUGGUAAUUUUGUUGUUUUCAAACAAAAUUAAAAAAAUAUUUCAAUGUAAAAAUUGCUAUUAACGAGUGCUUUGAAAGUAAAUUAAACAGUAUUCGGUAAUUGGCUUUCCUUGAAUUCCACAACUGUUAUUUAAAUGUUUUAUUUGACAAUGUGUUUGAAAAAAUAUUGUUUGUAUUAAUUUAAUUUAAUUUAAAUUUUUGUUAUUACACCAACAAAAAUGAAAAUAAGUACUGGGGAUACAAUUUUUGUGUUUUUACUGCAUUUUUAAAGACUUUCCCAUGGUUUGUCUCAGUUUUUGAUAAAAAAUAGUUUCUACGGCUAGUGAGCAAAUUAUUUCGUGAAAUUUGCAAAAAGCUAGAAAAUUGAUAAAACGCUCAAAUUUUGUCCACAAGAUCCGCCCUCUUCUACCAGCCUACUGCGCAGCAUGCCUACUUUCCGGCGCAUUCCAAGCUUGCGCCUUUCCCAAGCGCUCACAUCAUCGCAGCAUGCUUUGCUUUUCCGUUAGUUCCCCAAAAGCAAAGAAGAAAAGAAUGUCAAAAGUCACACCAAGCAAAACACAAAAACCAAAAACAAACAAACAAAAAACAGAAAUUGUCAAAAGCAACCGGAAACAAUAAUUAAUGUUUAGUGGGCACAAUAGUCUGGAAAUUCAGCAACACAAGAAAGAAAACAAUGCUUGAAAUUGUGAGCACAACAAAAUAGUAUUACCGAAGAGAGAAGCAACCAAUUUUCGCUCGACGUUAAUUGUGUAAAAUUGUAGAGAAAAAAAAAACUUGUUAGACUGUAAAUAUACACACAACUUACACUUGACUAACAAAUUAUACAUAUUAGAGAAGGAAAGGGUGCACACGGAAAGAAGGGAGGAAACCGAAAUGUAGUUAGUUAACUGAAAUGAAUUGAGUUAGGCAAAUGAUAACAAAAACGUGUCUCAGUCAGUGUAGAUUUUGUACCGCGCGGCAGCAGUGUAGAAUUGCUUCAAAAGCUUUAAUAUUCGAUUUAUACAGUAAAAAUACAAUGUGGAUAACUUCAUAUUUAACGCCAAUUUAGGAUAUUUUCAAACUCAUCAGCACUAAACAAGCUCGUAACACUCACUAUUCUAUAUACAAAACAAAAAAGCAGCAGUUUCAUCUAAUCGUGGCCAUUUUUUCCGCUUCCAAAAAACACGUGUUUCAAUCGUACACUUAAAGAAAAAAAGAACCAAACUUAAUCUCGCAUCGCAUACUACGAUAUCAUAACAACAGCAACACAAAAGUUAAUCAAAAAUGACUUUCCAAAGAAAACUGUCAAAAACUCAUCCUAGCUCAUUUCUCCAUCGCGAAACUAACAAGAAUUGAUGCAGGAGGAGAAGAUUCGCAUGCUUAAGCAAUUCGCUGCUAAUCGGCUCAAUUGCCUUAAUAAAUGUACGACAGCUAUUUAAAAGUGAACAAGAAAAGACAAGACGCCAACCAAACCAGCAAAUCAGAUCGACCCGAUUCGGCAAUUAGAAUAAAUCUUAUGACGAGGACGCGCGCGCAGAAAAGAAUAUGUAUAAAUCAUCGCAAUUGAUUUGUGCACGCAACGCGCGACAGACUCUUUUGAGUGUUGUGCUAAGUGGGUUGAAUUGAUGCCAGUUAGAGUCGGAGAAACCAAUAAAGAAGAAGCGAAAAUCGGACGAUGAAUCUUAUCUGUAAUAUGCCAAUUUAUGAUUACAACUCUAUAGUGCGACUAACUAUUAUACACACUACAAUUAAAUCCGGAGAGGUGGUUAGUGUUCGUGCGGAAAAGAGAGGAGACGGCGAGAAAAGAAGAAAAAAGUCUUGUAAUAUCUAUUAUAUUAUUAUUAAACGACUAUUGCUAUUAUUAUAUACAACAGUAAAGAAAACAGAAGCAACUGGAGCGGAGAUAAAAAGAGCAAGAGCAAAUCUGGUCCAGAAAAAAUGCCCCCUUUGUUGGAGGAAAGACGUCUUUCUUCGGUGAAAAGCGUAACCAAUAAAGAACGUGAUUUAAAUUAUUUAAUAAA